CGUACAGUCCAAUCCUGUUAGUGUCUUGCGCCUACGGCAACUUAUUCGCUGUUCUUCCGAUGAUGGCCUGGAUUGAGCUUGUCACGGGAUUUACGAGCCGUGUCAAGGAAGGUUAACUUGACCUAGAAUGCGCUUAUCUUGCUUGUACCUUUUGGAUUAAGUUGCCCUUCUCUCUCCACGUCAAGUAAGAAUGACGUGGCAAAUUCAACGGUUGCUGAUGCGACGGGUUGCCUCCUGUGUCCUAUAAAGAGGCUUACGGUUCAAAAUUAGGGCGAUUACUACUACCGGGCCAUGACAGUGCAAGCUCUGCCCUUUUUCGAAAUUCUGAACCGUUCAAUUCUUCCUUGCCUGAACUCAGCCGUGGCAUCUUUAUCUCAAACCAGCCAGGCUCAUGCUUACAUACUAAAAUCUGGAGUUUGUAUAGAUACCCUUAUUUCUACAAAGCUCAUCUCACAAUAUGCUAAUCGCCAUUGCUUUGCCGAAGCAGAACUUGUCCUUAACUCAAUAUCUGAGCCAUUGGUAUCUUCCUUUUCUGCUCUCAUUUAUGCCCUCAACAAGUAUAAUCUUUUUACCCAAUCGCUUUAUGUUUUCUCUCGAAUGCUCUCUCGCGGUAUUUUGCCGGAUAAUCGCGUGCUUCCGAAUGUUGUCAAGGCUUGCGGUAAAUUAUCGGCCUUCAAAUUGGGAAAAGAAGUUCAUGGAAUUGUUGUAAAAUAUGGGUUUGAUUCAGAUUCAGUUGUUCAAGCUUCUUUGGUGCAUUUGUACUUAAAAGGUGAUCGGAUCCAGGAUGCUAAGAAUGUGUUUGAGAGAUUGCCGGAACGGGAUGUGGUUACUUGCGGUGCUUUGCUUUCCGCUUAUGCUCGCAAGGGUUGCGUUAAUGAGGCAAAGGAAAUCUUUUAUGGGAUGCAAAGUUUCGGUGUGGGCCCCAAUUUAGUGUCUUGGAAUGGUAUGAUUACAGGGUUCAAUCAAAGCGGACAAUACAACGAAGCGGUUGUCAUGUUUAAGGAAAUGCAUUCCGAAGGGUUUUUGCCUGAUGAUAUUACAAUUUCUAGUGUUUUUUCUGCUGUGGGCGAUUUGGAGAGGUUAAAUAUAGGGAUUCAGGUUCUUUGUUAUGUGAUCAAACUAGGUCUUUUGCAUUGCAAGUUUGUUAUUAGUGCGCUUAUGGAUAUGUUUGGAAAAUGUGCAUGUGCAGGGGAGUUGAUGAAAGCGUUUGAAGAGGUGGAUGAGGAGAUUAUGGAUACAGGUGCUCUCAAUGCUUUAAUAACUGGACUGUCUCGAAAUGGUCUUGUUGAUGUUGCAUUGGAGACAUUUCAGCGAUUUAGAGUGCAAGGGAGGGAAUUGAAUGUUGUAUCCUGGACAUCAAUAAUUGCUGGAUGCUCACAGAAUGGGAAGGAUAUUGAGGCAUUGGAGCUUUUCAGAGAGAUGCAGAGUGCAAGGUUGAAGCCAAACUCUGUAACAAUACCUUGCUUGCUGCCAGCUUGUGGAAACAUUGCAGCAUUGAUACACGGUAAGGCAGCUCAUGGCUUUGCAAUUAGAACAGGAAUUGCCAAUGAUGUUCAUGUUGGCAGUGCAUUAGUUGAUAUGUAUGCUAAGUGUGGAAGAAUCCAUUUGUCUCGACUUUGUUUUGAUAGGAUACCGAGCAAAAACUCAGUCUGUUGGAAUGCAAUUAUGGGAGGAUAUGCAAUGCAUGGUAAGGCUAAGGAAGCUAUUGAUAUUUUUCAUAUGAUGCAAAGGAGAGGGCAGAAGCCUGAUUUUAUCAGCUUUAGUUGUGUUUUAUCUGCUUGCAGUCAGGGUGGCCUAACAGAAGAAGGUUGGCAUUUUUUCAAUAGUAUGUCUAGAGACCAUGGAGUCAAAGCAAAAAUGGAGCAUUAUUCCUGCAUGGUAAACCUUCUAGGUCGUUCUGGAAAGCUAGAACAAGCGUAUGCCUUGAUCCAGCAAAUGCCAUUUGAACCAGAUGCCUGUGUUUGGGGAGCUUUGCUUAGUUCUUGUAGACUUCACAAUAACAUUAGUUUAGGUGAGAUUGCUGCACAGAACCUCUUCAAAUUAGAACCAAGCAAUCCUGGAAAUUACAUCCUUCUUUCCAAUAUAUAUGCGUCUAAGGGCAUGUGGGAUGAAGUAGAUGCCGUGAGAGAUGUCAUGAGGAGUAGGGGCAUGAAGAAGAAUCCUGGUUGCAGUUGGAUUGAGGUCAAGAAUCAAGUGCACAUGCUUCUUGCAGGAGACAAAUCACAUCCACAAAUGACUGAGAUCAUUGAGAAGAUAUAUAAAUUGAGCAUGGACAUGAAGAAAGCAGGUUACCUCCCAAAUACUGACUUUGUGUUGCAAGAUGUGGAUGAACAGGACAAGGAGCAGAUCUUGUGUGGGCACAGUGAGAAGUUGGCAGUAGCCUUUGGGCUUCUGAACACUCCUCCUGGCUCUCCACUGCAAAUAAUAAAAAAUCUCAGAAUCUGUGGUGAUUGUCAUGCUGUUAUAAAAUUUAUAUCUGGCUUUGAAGGGAGAGAAAUAUAUGUCAGAGACACAAAUCGCUUUCAUCAUUUUAAAGAUGGAGUUUGUUCUUGUCGGGAUUAUUGGUGAAUGAUUUUAUGGCUGACUAGGUUUUAGUUGAAAAGACUGAAGCAAACCAACUGACAGUUCCUUUGUAAUUAUCCUACUUAUGAAGCUGGGUAUUGGUUGUAUACACACCAAAAACCCCAGUUGAGUAAGCUAAACUCUCCCUCAGUAGGAAGAUAAGCAUCUUGUCUUGGUUUCCUUUGAAAUUUAAAAACAUCAUGAUGGAUAUAUAUUUGAACUCAAAUUGGUGAUACUGUUGCACUGCUUGCGGAUGCUUUGUCUUUCAUUUAGUGCAUGUUGGUGUAGCAGAUUACUACCAUCUUAUCCCUAUUCAAGUAGACCUCAAUUUUCCAUGCUCUUCCUUUGGUGCUCAAAGAAAAGGUAUAAAAACAUCUUUUGUGGAAACAUGCUCUGCCAUGACUGGCUUCAAUUCUGCUAUCCUAUUAUCAGGAAACCUACAGCCUUACUGCUAGUGAUUUAGACACUGUGUACUGCAGCACUGUUAGGCCUGGAACUGGAAGGAACUUUCAUGUUGAAGAGAUAUUGUUGGAAUUUUAGUUCCCCUCGUGUGCCCUCCUUCGAGCACACACCUAAUUAACUCUGGAGAGUAAUCCUGUUUCUGGAAGAUUGGAAAGUGAUUUUUAAGUUAGCUGUUGAAGUCUUUAUGCUUGCUCUAGACUUUAAAUUCUUUGCAACAAAGCAUUUUUAACUGAUGCUGAAUUUAAUUUGAUUCUUGACCAAGAAGGAAUGGUUGCCUCUCAAGUACUGCUAUAUAAAUUGGGUCACAGCUUUGCGGAGAGAAUCUAGCUACUGCUGCACAAGUAAAUUUUCCCCUGGAAUUUUUUGUCGGUUCUUUUAUUACCAUUGUUGAUAAAGUUCCAUGGUAUAAAAUGCCGUAAUCUCAA